AUGCGGUGGUUGUUUGGUUUGUUGCUCAUCACACCGCUCAUUGUCGCUCCUCCACCACGAAGAGAUGCCGCGCAAGCACAACAAGCUCAGGAAACCCAUCAGCAACCUCAACAAGGGCAAAAUGGCCAACAAGAAGAAAUCCAAAAGCCGGUAGGUGAACAAGAACCCGAGAAACAGAGAUACAUGUUCACGUAUAACAAAUAUCUCGAAGAAGUGGUGAAGAUCUUGGAAAGUGAUCCGAAAUUCAACGAGAAAAUCAAGAAUAUGAAGGAAGAGGAUAUUAAGGCUGGAGCCAUUGCUGAUCACAUUGAUGAUUUGGAUGAGGGUGUCUUCAAUCAGCUGACUCUUGUGAAAGCUCAAGAAAUUGAACGAUUGAGAAAUCAAAUCGAAGAGCAAAUCAAAGCCGACGGCCACGCAAACAAUAUCAAGCUGCCCGAUCACUUGGACGUGCAAAAUUGGGAGAAAUUCGGGAAAGAGGAUUUGAGGAAAUUGAUUCAAAAGACUGUUGCUGAUAUGAAUGCCGAAGAUGAGCGCCGACGAGAUGAGUUUAAGGAGUAUGAGAUGAAGAAAAAGGCAGAAGAAGACCACAAAUUGGCGCAAAUGAGCGAGGACGAGAGAAAACGGGCGGUGGCCGAGGACGAGGCGAGAGAUGCACGACACAAUGAUCACGAGAAGCUGAAACACCCGGGAAGUCGAGAUCAACUUGAAGAAGUUUGGGAGGAUGGAGAUCAUAUGGACAAAGAUUCGUUUGACCCGAAAACAUUUUUCCGACUUCAUGACAUCAAUGGAGAUGGAUAUUGGAACACAGAAGAGUUGGAAGCGCUUUUCCAGAUUGAACUCGAUAAAAUGUACAAUGAAACGAAUCCCGAUGAUGACCCAAGAGAAAAAUUCGAGGAGAUGAAUCGUAUGCGUGAACAUGUGAUGACACAAAUGGACAAGAAUCAAGACCGAUUGGUUAGCAUGGACGAGUUCAUGCAGGACAAUGAGGCUCAAACGCCCGAAAAAGACCCUGGAUGGGAUGAUUUGGGCAAAAAUCACGUCUACACUGAUGAAGAGCUGAAGAAAUUCGAGGAUGAGUACGCUCAGCAACAAGGUUGGGGCGAGGGCGCCUACAAAACAUCGACCGCACCGGUUACAGCAAAUAUGCAUCAACAGCAACAGCAACAGCAGCAACAACAGCAACAAGAUCAUCAACAACCCGUUCAAGCUGAAGUUCACUACAAUCAAGGACAGGCACCGGCUCAACCCGUCCAGCAACAACCGCAAGCACCCGGACAACAGCAAAUUCACGAGCUCCCGAAGGAUCCAUCAUAUGGAAUC